AUCCUAAAGUAUUAAUUUAUUUAUCAUAAGAACGUUCUAACACUAGUUAUAGUUUAGUCUGAGGUUUGACUGCUUUGACAUUUCACUAAUUAACGUUCUGAAUGAUCAUAGUUCAAAUGGCCAAUUAGAUUUUUUUUCCAAAAAUGUCUGUGUUAUUUCAAAAAGUUAUCAAUACAGGAAGACUUUGUUCAUACAGAAAUUUUAUAAAAUCUGUGUCCUCGUGCAGAUGUUUAGCCAUAAGAAAACUCUCAGAUGUUCCGCGAAAGUUUAUUAACUUUGAGGAGGUCGUGGCGGCACGGCGAGCAGAGGCACGGCGUAGUGUUGUAGUUCAAGUAAACUCAGAGGCAUCCUUUAGUGAACUACACUCAUAUUGUUCGAAAUAUGCAGAUGUCAAGGGAAUUCAUCACUAUCGGAACUCAAGUGGAGAGCACUUUAUGCUUAUAGAAUUUAGCACAGAAGAUAAUCUCAAAGAUGUACUACGGAGUUGUAGCUCACACCAAAAAGACAUUGAUGUUAUGUCCCUCCGGUCCCCAUUCCUCUGGUUCCGCGCUGCUCCCGGGAAAAAGGAGAAGACUGAGCCAUGUCUUAGUUCUCUUAAUACUAAGGAUGGGAGCUCAGACCUCAGUGAAGACACACUAUUUCAGGAGUUGAUGAGUGCACAAACAGUGUCUGAUCAGAUACAGCUUUUGUAUGAUAGGACUAUAUUGAAUGACCUUGGUGUUCGGUUACGAUUUAUAGUGGCUAGAGAGCUAGAGGUGAUGUUAGAGAGCUUGUAUGCAAAUAUUGAGGUCCAUCCCUUUGGAUCUUCCGUGAAUGGUUUCGGCCGGAUGGGUUGUGACCUGGAUCUAGUACUUACUAAUACACUAACUAAUGAUAUGAUGGAUCCAUCAAAGCGUCUAGUAUACCAAGAGAAGCGUAACGAAUCCCGCCCAGCAAGGCAGCUAGAGUUGCUAGCUGAGCUAUUGGACAUGCGCGCAGUGGGCGUAGCGCGCGUGCAGCGCAUAUUACACGCGCGCGUCCCCAUCGUCAAGUUUGCGCACCACAUCACCGACGUGGACUGCGACCUGUGCUACAGUAACAUGUCCGGAGUGUACAUGUCCGAGCUGCUGCACCUGCUGGGCUCGCUGGACGCGCGCGCGCGGCCGCUGACGCUGGCCGUGCGGCGCUGGGCCGCGGCCGCGCAGCUCACGGCGGCGGCGCCCGGCCGCUGGAUCACCAACUUCCCGCUCACGCUGCUCGUGCUGCACUUCCUGCAGCAGGCCAAGGUGCUGCCGAGCGUCAAGCUGCUUGUCAGCAAGGCUGAGAAAGAAGACAUCCGGAUAGCAGAAGACAACCUGAACUGCACGUUCCUCCGCGACGCGAACAAGCUCCCUCCCUCCAGCUACUCCCAGAACGACGCGCCGCUUGAAACUCUCCUUCUACAAUUCUUCGAAUUCUACGCGCAGUUCGACUUUGCUGACAAAGCUAUUUCUUUAAACGAGGGCGCUGCCGUCAGAAAACCGAACGCACUGCCGCUGUAUAUCGUGAAUCCUUUGGAGCAGGCAUUGAACGUGAGCAGAAACGUCAGCUACGAAGAAUGUGAACGCCUGAAAAUGGAAGUCCGCAACGCGGCCUGGCAGCUAGAAGCCGGCCUCGAAGGGGACAAAACAGACGACUGGGGCCUACUAGGUCUCAUAGAGAAGAAAUCCACCAGAGGCCUCAAGAAACUGCUCCGAGUAGGCAACUCACAACGACUAGUGUCAGUCAAGGACUUAUUUACUAACGAAGAAGACAACCAGCCCGUUGGUAAUGAUAUCAAAGAUAAGUUGGACAGACUGGCAAGUAAGGGAAGGAAUGAGAAAGUAGAUAAGAGUAACGUGAAGUUCAAGAACAGUCAAGUUGCUAGCCAAGUGUAUAGGAUACGGCGGGGUAAGUUGUUAUGAGAGUUUGAUGAUUAGUGGGUAGUUUCAAAGUGUUGGCUUCGUAUUCGCUUUAGAGAACGUUAAAUCGCGUUAAGGCAGGCGUGGCUCCGCAAGUACAUGCGGCCGGCACCAAUUUUGGUGUCUAGUAGUGGUUGCUGCGCAUCGCUACGGAACGGAUAAUUUUUGGUACAUAUUUGUAUAGCUAAAUUUGAUAAAUUUUGUAUUAGGUAAAUUACCUAUGUAUUUGACAUUUCCUGCAGUAAUGCAGUCGAAUGCAGCAUUAUUGCAGAACGACAAUACUGCCGACUGUAUUACUUCCGCAAAUGUCAAAAUCCUGGGAGCGACAUCAAUUUUGACAUUUUGCAACUAUAAGGCAGUAACAUCGCGCUGCAAUACUGCUGCCGACUGCGAUAUUACCGCCGACUGCAUUACUACCGCAAAUGACAAAACCUUGCAGCACCAUAUAUUUGGCCAUUUGCAAUAAUAAAGCAAUAAUAUCGCGCUGCCGUACUGCUGCCGACUGUAUUACUCCCGUAAAUGUCAAAAAUCUGGGCAGCAACAUCGAUUUUGAUUUUGCUACAGGAAUGCAAUACAAUCAUAUGCGUUGUUACUGCAGGAAAUUUCAAGUUUUUCGAAAGAGUUCGGUCCAAUCGGCAACGUUUAGGAACUUUCGGUAUACCUAAACAGGGGUUUUGUGAUACAGUGAACCUUCUGUACGUAGUACUACUAUUUAUUCUGUGGUUGAGGCAGUCUUCACAUUUGGCGGGUCCACACAGGACGAGCCGCCUCGUGAGGACAUUGCCGCGCGAAGCUCGGUCGGUGUAGACGCGCCUAUUGGAUGCGGAUCCACACACCGCUCCUGUGUGCGAGCGGGACAUCACUAUAUACUAACACUCUUUAACUGACAAUAAGGCUUACCAAAUGGCCAAUUAAGAGUGUGAAUGAAGAACAAGAAUGAAAAGCUUGAUUAUAUCACUAUUGUAUACAAUACUUUUUUUACGAGUCAUCUAAAAUAAUACUUUUCUUACUAUAAAACCUUAAUAAUUAAUGAAAAUUUAGUAGACAAAAAUUUAGUACAAAAUACAUUAACGCGUGGAAACAGCGCCCGCCCGUCCUCCGUUUAGCCUUUUCUAUGGGAGCGCGGCGGCACGUGGUUGGUCAAUUUUUUUAUAGUUGACUACAGCGUAUCGAAAAGAAUCUUAUAGUUGAGUUGGGAGCCGAUACAUGAAAAGUACGUAAUUAUGAUUUGCUAUACGAAAUCUUAAUUCAAGCAUUACAGUCGACGAGUAGAAAAACAAAUUAAGCCUUUCAUUUAUUCUAUUAAGGUUUACUUUGGAGUGUCAUUUGGCGUUAAAAAGCUUAAACUAGAAGUCAACGCUUUUAUAAUGGACUUGCAAAGUGUGAUGUGUGAUCGUUGAAAUUAUGUAUUAGAUUGACACAAAUUGGUUAAGUUUAGUAGUCGUCCCUUAAUGAGUAACAUUUGAUUUGAACAUUGUAUAUGAGAACCGAAUGCGGAUAUUAUAAAUAGGACGUGAUAGUUCAAAGGAGUUCAACUUAGGUUUUUAUUCGAUAGAAAUUGCGAAAAGUGGAAAGAAAUCAAUUUACCUUUAUUACUUGGAUCUGCACGCAGCUCCGGUGUGUGAGUGGGUCAUUACUACAUACCGCAUAACUGUCUCGCUCACACACCGGGAGCACCGAGCGCUGAUAAUCGCAUUAAGCACAUAAUAAACGGACAUGAUACAAACAGGUCUGUAAAUUGACAUUUAACAGUGUGAACAAUGUUAUGCUUAUAAGCAUUAUAUAAGUUGUGUAACUUAUACAAAAUUUAAAAUUAUAUUCUUCAAGUAGGCCUCAAGAGCUCUUAUUCUAUUAAACUGUAAGUUUCAAUAGCAGCACUAUUUGUUAAUAGGGGGUAUUACUGCAAUAUUCUGCCGCCAGAGUGCAUCGCUAGCACAUAUUGAUCUAAAUUCUAAACUUAUACAUACUACGCCUUAAACAGUUUUUUGAUAAGUUUUCAUUAUGACUUUAAUGCAUCGAGGCGGUUUACAGCUGUAGGUCCUCAGUUUGUGCUAGUAGCGCCCUCUACGCAUAGAGUUUUGCGUAAUAUUCCCUAUUGUACAUAUUUAAGUAAAAAAACUUUGUAAAAUAUGUUGUUACGUCUAGGCCGCCAUAUUUGGUUACCUUUUUUGCUACUUCUAUUGAAUACCAUUACAUGUUGAAUUUAUGAAGUUCAAUCUAUCUAUAACUUCUGCAUCUUUAGGUAUUUAAAUAAAACAAACAAUUAGCACAUUUUCGGGUAGUUAUAACAUUUAUUGGUUAACCAACCAAAUACAAAACCGCCUGGAUUUGUGACCGAACGUUCUGAUUUUAACCUACAUAAUUUGAUCAUGUAAUGUUUUCAUCUACCCUCAACUGCAUUAAAGAGACAUUUGAGGGUAGAUUUUGUUUCCUCUUAUCGAAAUACCUAAAGAUACAGAGUAUAAGAAUUGUUUUGACAUGUAAAUAAAAGUGGAUGUUACCGUU